CCCACAAGUGCAUGAUACGUGUCCAAGAACGCGUGUGACCGUGGGUACUCGUCUUGUUUUGAAAGUUGUAACCGGAAGUGGUUUUUUUCUGGAUAUUUGACGACUCGCGUUCUCAGAUUUCAGGGAAUUCUUCCAGAUACUCCGGGUUUUAUCGUCCGCACGGCGGCUCUGCGCCAAGUCUCAGGACGGCUCCAGCGUCACCGAUCGUACCGUUGGUUUUUUGUUUUUUUUAAUCCACGUACGUUUACGUCGCUAGCUGCUCGUGGGUCAACGAUGCGUGUUUCCACAGCGCGUCUCAUUCAUUGAUUUUUUUUGGGGCUAACGCGAGCUGUGCAGCGGCGCUCCACAGCUCACCUGACCGGGUUCGAGCUGUCUGACCUGGAGGCGAGGGACGGCUCAGCGGCGGAGGUGUUCGCCUGACCCGAGGACCGACAGCCAGUAUCACGACCGCUCAUUCCGGCCGCUUCGACGCCGGGCUAGUCUCUCGAGGCGAGUUAGCGACUCCCACCCGCUACUAUGGAUUAUAAAGAGAAGGCGAGGGCGACGGCGGACUGCUUGAUGAGCUACAAGAAGGACGAGUCCGGUUGGAAAGUGUGUAAGAAGUCUAAUGACGUGGUGGUGUCUUGGCGCCCCUCAUCAGAGUUCCCUGGGAAUGUUUACAAGGGGGAGGGGAUUGUCAGCGGCAGCCUGGAGAAAGUGUGGGAGUGCCUGAAGCCAGUACCCAAUGGGCUCCGAGUUAAAUGGGACAACAACGUCAAAAAGUUUGAGCUUCUGGAACAAAUCUCAGAGGACACCUCCAUCUGCCGGACAGUCACACCCUCAGCAGCUAUGGGCAUCAUAGCUCCACGAGACUUCGUAGAUGUUAUUUUAAUCAAGCAAUACGAAGAUGGCACCAUUUCAUCAAAUGCCACCAAUGUGACUCACCCGAGCUGUGCUCCCCAGUCUGGCUUUGUGAGAGGAUUCAACCAUCCUUGUGGUUGCAUCUGUAUCCCAAUCUCAGGAGAGCCCAACAAAACCCAAGUGUUCAGUUUCUUCCAGACCGACCUGGGUGGCCUCCUCCCUCGCUCUGUGGUCGACUCAUUCUUCCCCUCCAGCAUGUCUGAGUUCUACAGCAACCUGAGCAAGGCUGUGAAAUCCCUCAAGGACCUUUGACAUGAAGCGUUCAGAGAUCUACCUUCAAACUUGAGGCCUCCCCACUGGUCAGGCCAAAGUCCAUUCCAGUUUAAACCUUCCAAACUCUACAGCAGUCAGCACACUCAGACCACUGAACCCAAUAGCUAUAACCCACGUGCUAUGAAUCAUGUACCUUCAUGUAUAUUCCUGUCUCUGCAGGAGAAAUCCUCUAAAUCUUCAACAGUCAAAACCCUAUUUUGAAAGCAGUUUACACUGAAAAAUGGCAAAAAUGAUCAGGGCUUCCAUUUGAAAAAAAUUUAAAUUCCCUUUACCUUCCUAGCUGUGGGAUAAAUUUACUUGGUCCUAUUUUACAGAAUGAAAAUAGUUUGUAAAAUUAUAUCGGUACAUGUGCUAAAGGUGCAGUAAAAAUGCAUGUUGCAUGUACCUUAUUUACCCUGUGCGGGUAUCAGAUUGCAGUACUGCCUCAUACCUCAUAUAGUUGUUUGUGUACUUGAAUUGUCAUAGUUUUGCUCAUCUCCACUCACCUACUGUAGAAACUGUCUGCCUUUGUAAUCAGCUCCACUAAAGCACAGGAGAGGUGAUGUAGGUGGCUGGAUGUUUUGAUUGGGAAUAGUUCACGUUAAAUGUUUCUCUACUAAGCCGAAAAGAGCCUUGCCCCUUUUUCAUGACGUUGGUUUCUGUUGUACAUUUCCCCUUUCCUUUUCACCACAUUCAGGCCUCAUGCAGUUUUAGUUUCAUCAUGCCAGGACAUCUGAGCCAGCUUCUCGAAACCUCACCAUGAGAAUGGUUGUCAACCGAUGAUUCAUGCUUUUGCGCUACAGUCACAUAUGUGAAGGUGCUGUGAGAUAAAAGUGUUAAGGUGAAAAUGUGUAAAAUACAAUGACCCAAGAUGGAACAUUUUGACAUGGUUCACUUCAGCUAUGUUCUUUUUUAAGAUGAAAUGUUUCUAAUGUGGAAUUUUGAUCGAGAUCAAGGGUCAAGACUCUUUACAAAAGUAACACUAUAAAUCUAUACUAGGGAUAGUGAAAAGGUGACAUUGUAAAGUGUGAAAGACACUGAAAUGCACACACAGUUUUAUAUUUUUAAUGUUAGUGUGUUUGUAGGGAGUUCAACUAGUGGUAACAUGGAGUGAAACAACUCUUUUAUUGUCAUUUUGUACUUUCUAAUGAUCCUCUCAUUCAAAGCACUACCCCACACUAUUGUCCUUUAAAAAAAGAUUGGUUCUGGUAGCCACCUUUUAAAUCCAUUCUCAGUUCAUCACAUUUGCAGCUUUCUGAAACUAUGGGUGAGUUGUCAAGUCAAUGGAACAAGUAAGAAAUGUGACUGAAUGGUGUUCCACUAACACAACAUGUUAAGCGGUAGAAUUUUUUCACGGAAAUGAAACGAGCAAAAUGAAACUUUAUUCUAGACCAGUAAAGGAACAGAUGUGGUCCUGAGCCCUUGAGGUACUGUAGAAUCUCCGAAGUUUAGUUACAGUAUGUACAAAAGCAAGAACUCUAUUCAGAUUUGAUGAAGUGUUAUCACAUUGCAUCACCACUUUUAGUUUAAAAACAGUUUUUUUCAGGCUACUACAGCAAAGCUUGAACUAUUAAACAGCGUUGUGAGAGAAGAAACCAGGUUGAAUCUGUUAACACGACACAAUACAACACUCUUCUUGAGUGGCUACUUUAAGCGUGAGGACUUGAAACCCAACUGACUGACACAUUUAAAAUAAACCUGCCGACCUUGCAAAUGUUUUAGAACUCACGUGAAAUCCUAUUAUUUUCAAUGCUGAUCCUAAAUGACAAAAUACACACUGACACUUAUUAUCCAGUUAACCUUCAAAUAAAUGUUACCUCACUGUAUCACACAAUGUUAGAACCAUGAAAGCAUUUUGGAUGUUUUUGGAUAAAGAUACACAGUGAUCCACAUGAGAUAUGCUGUAUAAUACUGGCCUAUUUCCAGGGUAUAGUUUUGUCAUAAUCCUACCUCUCUGUCUACACAUUGCAGUUAAUGAGGCUUCUGU